GACAGCUCAUGGCUGGCUGGUGCACAAACAGUGGGACAAUCUGAUUUGCUGUCAAAGUCUACAGUCCUAUAGAUCAGAUUUGUUGUGUAUUGCACUGAGAUGGACGACAAAGACGAGACACUCCUGAAUGGCUCUGGUGACAUCCAGAACUCAGCAGAGAGAAAGUCAAGUCGAACGUGUCUGCUUGACAGCGGGGAAGACUUUGAGAUGCUGGAAGAUGGUGAUGACGAAAUGGGCGAUCUCCCACCUUUAGAAGACACAAGCAACGCAAAGGAACAAAGCAGAGCUAACACAGAAGCUGCUGUAGACCCCAGUCCAUCCCCACCCCAGGAGGAAUGGCUGGAUGUCUUAGGGAAUGGGCAGGUGAGAAAGAAGGUUCUUGACGCUGGUGCUGGUCCUGACAGCAAACCGCAGAGGGGCCAAAUAGUCACUAUUAAUCUCAAGACCACUCUCACAGAUGGAACCACAGCAGACGAGGAGUCAAAUCUCUCUUUCACCCUUGGUGAUGGUGAUGUCAUUCAGGCAUUGGAUCUCACUGUACAGCUGAUGGAGAUGGGUGAAAAUGCCUUAGUGGAAGCAGCUGCUAAAUAUGCGUACGGAGCCUUGGUGAGCUCUACACCUUCUGUGCCUCCCAAUGCUGAUUUGAUCCUGGAGGUGCAGCUCCUUUCUGCUACUGAUGCCCCAGACCUGGAGCUGUUGCCUCCUGUGGAGAGGAUUAGCCUGGCGAGCAGGAAACGAGAGCGGGGCAACGUCCACUACCAGCGCGGCGACUAUGCUUUCGCCGUCAACUCGUAUGGCAUUGCGCUGCAGAUAACGGAAGCAAGUUCAAGAGUGGACAUCAGCCCACAGGAGGAAGACGAGUUGCUGGACGUGAAAGUGAAAUGCCUGAACAACAUGGCGGCCGCUCAGCUCAAGCUGGACCACUAUGACGCAGCUUUACGCUCCUGUGUGUCUGUCCUCGCUCACCAGCCAGACAACAUCAAAGCUCUGUUUCGCCAGGGCAAGGUACUAGCACUACGAGGGGAGUACGCCGAUGCCAUUAAAAUUUUGAAAAGGGCUUUGAAGUUGGAGCCAAGUAACAAGACUAUACAUGCCGAGCUGUCCAAACUGGUGAAGAAGCACUCGGAACAGAAAGGUGCUGAGCAGGCUAUGUACAAGAAGAUGCUCGGAAACCCCCCCGACAGUACGGGGCAGAAACCCCGGGGCAAGUCCUCAUGGAGCCUGAGCUGGAAAUGGCUGUUUGGUGCUACAGCUGUUGCUAUUGGAGGUGUAGCUUUGUCAGUCGUCAUUGCUGCAAGAAAUUAAACGGAAUCUAUACAUUAAGAUUCAGGUGCUGGAGUCAGGUGUACCAAAAAACCCGAAUCAUCUUACAGUACCUGUUUCUGUUGAUAAAUCUAUGAGCAUUUGAAUUUAUUUUUCUCCUCGUUUCUGUCACAGGCUACAGGUUUGAUAUGGUAUCAAUACUUUUCUUUCAGUGCAUGAAAGAUAAAUUGGGAAAAUACAGAUGUGAGAAGUGUAAUAUGAUUCCUGUAUGUACUAUAUGUAAUUGCCUAGAAUCCUUCUUUGUAUAGAUUGAUGUAUCUAAUAGAUGACUGGCACCAGUUUGUUCAUGCCAGUUACCCAGUGCUUCAUUUUUGAAAGACAACAACUGAACUUGCAUUUACAGUUCAGGUUACAGAGGUUUAUCCAGGUUAUCUCUCUCUCUUUGUAAUGUGAAAGGCCUUCGAUGUGUAUGAUUGUAUGUUUAAGGCUGUAAAUUAUAAUACUACUUCUAACACUGAUUUGCUGGAUUCUGUUUCCAUAAUCAUCAUCAACUCUUUUUGUAAUGUAGGCCAAUAGAUGUAUGCUGCUAGCUUUUAGUCCUCCGUGUUCAUUAUAGGCAGUUUUCUUCCUUCCGCUGUUAAACAAAUCCUUUUACUUUAUUGUGCCCCCUUUACAUUCAGGAGAGCAUAUUUCACCGUUGUUUCUCUGUGACCAAACACUGUAAUGGUUUCCCAGAAAUACCAUUUUUUAUUUUAGAUUUUUAAAAGUCUCUUUCUGAAUAAUCUGAGUUUUGUAAUAUUGUUCAUGUAAUAAUGUAUGGCUUAUUUAUUUUAGUUGAUUUCAUGAUUUGUAUGAAUUUUUUUCUGAUGAAUAUAUACACGGAUGCUCAUAUGAAGUUGUUUUUGAAAUCAGUUUUAACAGCAUUCCUGUAUGUACUGAAAUAAAACUUUUGCACAUUAGUUUCUGAUAGGCUUACACAAAUGUAGUAGUUCCUGCCCUAUGCCAUGGACGGUAAAUCUGUGAUUAAACAUUUUACAACGUAAAUCGCA